AUGUCCUCCGACCACACGACGGCCUCCCAAUCGCCGCCCCCAAACGCCGGCGCUUCUACGCCGCUCCCGGAGGCCGAGGCCCCUCCUCUGCUCCUGCUCCCGCUCCCGCUCCCGGAGGCGCAUGCGUCCCUACCCGUCCCCGACGAGCUCCUGGAGGAGAUCUUCCUCCGCCUCCCCACCGCCGCCGACCUCGCCCGCGCCUUCACCUCCUGCACCUCCUUCCGCAACGUCGUCGCUCCCCUCUCCUUCCUGCGCCGCUUCCGCUCCCUCCACAACCCCCCCGUGCUCGGCUUCCUCCGUGCCGAAUUCUACCCCGCGCAGUCUCCCCACCCCUCCGCCGCUGUCGCCCACGCCCUCGCGCAGGCCGCCGACUUCGGCUUCGGCUUCCUCCCCGACCACGCCGGCUGGAGCCCCCGCGACGUCCGCCACGGCCGCGUCCUCUUCUCCGCCGUCUCGCUCGCCGAAGGCCGCGGCGACUUCAUAGAUGCCACCUCCAACACCUUCGUGGAUCUCGUCGUCUGCGACCCGCUCUCCCGCCGCUACAUCCGGAUCCCGCCCGUCCCCGAAGACCUGGCCGCCUCCGUCCAGCACAGCGGCAUGCUGGAUUUCGAGCCCUUCUUCGCUCCAGCCAGCCGCGAGGACGACGAAUCCUCAUUCGGACUCAUCUGCAAGGUGCUCUGCGAAAACAAGGUCGCCGUCUUCCUCUUCUCUUCGCGCACCGGCAAAUGGGGAAGCGUCCCACACCACGGGCUGGACGAUCUGUCCAACGAGGUCGUGGACGCGCUGUACGCACGCUGUGGCCUGCACCGGCGCCAUUACGCGCACGGCUGCUUCUGCUGGGUGUUAGAGUGGAUGGACAAGCUGCUCAUGCUCGACACGCGUGGGAUGGAAUUCUCCAUUCUAGACCUCCCGCCCAACAGCCACGGGGGACGGCUCGCCAUUGUCGAGGCGGGAGAAGACACGAUCGGGCUGUUGAAUAUCGGUAUGCGCACUCUCGACUUCUACAGCAAGGUUUGCCGCAACAGAAGUGGAGGAGGCGCCAAGGAGUGGCAGCACGCCACGAUGAACCACCCCUUGCCGAAUUAUCACUGGUGCAUCAUAGGUGCAGAUGAGGAGUACUUGCUGCUAAGAGGGAUUUCACUAGACUGGCCCUGGUUCGGAAGCUCUUCACAGGAGAGGCCAGAUAUAGAGUAUUUCGCGUUUGAGAUCAAGACAUCGCUGCUUGAGAGGAUACAUGUCUCCAAGCACAAAAUGAUGCAUGCUCACCUGUAUAGAGGUUUUCCACCGUUAUUUUCUCCACCAAGUAUAUGAAGUGUGCUCUUGUUACACAUCCAGCAGGAUUUAUCAAGGGGGAAAACACUGGAUAUCAACAUCUGUAUGAUGACUUGACUAUAAUAGAAGACACCAGUCACUACUGACACUGAGGUGAAUGGGAGCUAAGGACCAUUUUUUUGGUUUUGAGAGAGAGGGAGCUGAUGAGUUCGGAAAGGUUGAACUUGAACAGUGGGAUUUCCUCAUGAAUGAGUUGCACGAAAAACAUGGUCUAAACCUCUAUACGGCAAGAUUAAUUUGGUGGUUCAUCCAAGAAUAUGGAUGUUUGGAAGGGCAAAUUGCCUCUGAAAUAUCAUGACCUUCCAGACAGUAUUCUGAUGGCAGUUCAGUUGGCACAUAGGCACUGGCCAGGAAAUAUUGAGUUUCUCUGUGAAGCGAAGGAGAAUGCCAAUCACGGUAUCUUUAUUUGUGGGCUAACUUAGAAGUUUUUUUUUUAUGGAAUAGACAGUUCAUUUUCCUUUAUAGUUUUUUCUACGACCUGACUACGCCUGGGAGGAAUGGAGCUGAAGGGGAACCUGGUGAUUGGAUCUGGUGUUCGUGUUGGAGACUUUAACCUGGACUUUGUGGAGCAUUUGGCGUAAAAUGUCUAUGGAGAGAACUAAUAAAGGCCAAUACUUGUUGCAUAAGCAGAAGCUGAGAUCCUGGCUGGAUUAUGUGAUCAAGCUGCUCUUGUGGGGAAGGCAAAAUGGCUUGACAGGAAGCGGUCAUCUAAUUUUGUCCCGAAGUCUUUAGUUUGCGGUUCUGCAGUGUGAUCUUGUUGGUAUACUCUACUGGUAUAGAUGUGGCUUUAUUCUGUUUUUCAUGCUUGCGUGUUGUGGGUCUCUGAACUUGUUUCUACUGGUAUAGACAUCAGCUACUGCUCCCCGUGAUGACAUCGACCUGUAGUUUGAUUAGCUACUGUUUGUCCAAUUGCAUUCCUGUAAAGAUGGAAAGAAAUAAUGAACUGAAUCUUUUUAUAA